UAAAAACAUUUCCGAGAGAAGGCGUGAGACAUGUGAAAAGUGUCCCUGUAAACCUUUCAAUUUCUUUAUAGUUUUUCCACUGCUGUAAAAACUGCGAACAUGGAAAGCUAUCUAGAUUUGAAGUUUCCUGAGAUUCCAAUGAUAAAUGCAGAAGAAACGCCGGACUGGGUUUACAGUGCCAGAAGAGAGAUGCAGGAAAUAGUGCCAGGCUUGUUUCUUGGACCAUAUGCAGCAGCAAUGAAAUGCAAACUGCAAGUGUUGUUGGAUCACGGUAUCACGCACAUUGUCUGCAUUCGGCAAGAUAUCGAAGCUCAGUUCAUCAAGCCUAACUUUCCAGAGAACUUUGAGUAUUUGGUGUUGAACGUUGCGGACAGCACAAGUGAAAACAUAAUCGCACAUUUUCCAAAGGUUAAGGAGUUCAUUGAUAAGUGUUCUCUCUUUGGAGGGAAAACAUUGGUCCAUGGAAAUGCCGGAAUGUCAAGAAGUGCGGCUCUUGUCAUUGCUUACAUCAUGGAAACCUUUGGGUUGUCAUUCAAGGACGCUGUUCGAUACGUACAGCAGAAGAGGUUUUGUAUCAGCCCUAAUGAAGGAUUCAUGAGGCAGCUAGCUGAAUAUGAGCCGAUAUUUACAGCUAGGUUGCAGAUUCCAUUACAAGACAGGCCACAAACGUCAGGAAUGAAAAGAACGCAUGAAGAUGUCGACUGUGAAAUGACUGAACAGAGAUGAUGGAAGAGAUUGUUGGCUCCAAAAAGAUUACCGUACUCAAUCAAUUUUUUCUCGUUCAUAUUAAUACCUACUAAAGCCAAUGAAACUUUGUUGGUUGUCAGGUAGCGCUAUUGUCAGGGUUUUAGUCAGUAGUCCAUGAUGAUGAGGUGCCCGAACGUAAGAUAAGGCGCUGUAUCCAAAUGAAGAACAGGGUUGCUUACAAAGCUUAGAGACACCUCUCUCUAACAUUCAUGCUGGUUUCUAUGAUGAAGGAAUUUCAAUACUCAUUGUUGUCGACCAUUUUCAAAAUGUUUUUCAGUGUGACAUUUUGAUGCCGCACAUGUGUGACUUCGAGAAAAAACAAAGUUUUGAAAUGUUCAGUCAUAGGUUCGAUGUGGAAGCUGACAUGAACUAAACUAAAGAUUUCGCCAGUAGUGUACGUGCUCAGACCUACGCAUACUAGACUGAGCAUGUGUGUGCACGCUCAGAGCCGCAGAGUGGGACCGAUACAUGAAUGUCUCUUGCCGCCAGCGUCUCAAAAGUCUCCCAUUGCCAUGGCUUCAGUAGUUUUUAGACAUGUCAUUCUGUUUCAAUGUACAAUAGACUUUGUAACCUAAAGUGCAUUUGGACUUUCUACAUGUGUUUCCACAGGGGCCAAACUAUUACAUGUGUAUUUUGCAAUAAUCGUUAAAGCUUUACACUACGCUUAAGUCAUGUACAUGUACUUAGGUAAGAUACUUUGAUUGUAAAUAGAAGUAAUUGAAUUGUAUUUAUUAUUUCGUUUUUAAGUCUCUGAGAGAGAAAUGGAAUGUAAAUAAAUUAAUGCAAAUUAGCUGUACACAAUGAAUGUACCUCUCUAGUGAGCGGAAUGUUAAAGGAACACGUUGCCUUGGAUCGGUCGAGUAAGUCUUUGAAAAGCGUUCCUAACCGUU